GGGAUUCGGCUUCUUGGAGGUGAACAUGGCGGCUUACAGUACGUAAAGAACACGAUGUGAAGCCGGCGCUUCAUGCUGCAUGAUCAUGUACAAGACUCCGUGUAGGAAGCUGACAGGUCUGGUAGGUUCUUGCGUUUUCCAAAGUCUUGAAAAUGGAGCCAGGAGUGGCCACAGCACUCGCUGCCUUUUACAGCUGUUCAGAUCCAGCACUUGUGAGCGCAUUACCUUUCAGCACCUUAACUUCCUAAAGCGCCAGUAUGUCACCAAAAACACCAGGGGUUUGUGCCAGAGGGCGAAAGCCAAACAGGAGCAUCUGGUAGCCCCCCUAGAAGAUCAGCAGCCCCUCCUGCAGGAAGAAACGGUUAUCCGACAAGUGCAGCAGAUUCCCACUCUCAAGCCACCCCCAUGCACUGUAACUUUACCCAGUGAGACCUGCAUACAUGAAGGCAAGGCAUCUGUCCCUGUUUCCGAGGAGCCUGCUACUAGUCAGGAUGCUCACAAGGAGAAGCAGUGGAAGGAGGUCAAAGUGAACUUGGAGGAUCUUCCUGGGAUCUAUGCACGACUGUCCAAAAUCAAAUUAACAGCCUUGGUUGUCACAACAGCCUCAGCUGGUUUUGCGAUGGCACCGGUGCCCUUUGACCUUGGCUGUUUCCUCCUGGCCUCCCUGGGAACGGGCCUGGCUUCCUGCGCUGCCAACUCCAUCAACCAGUACUUUGAGGUGCCGUUUGAUUCCAACAUGAACCGGACAAAGAACAGACCGCUCGUGAGGGGCCAGAUCAGCCCGCUCCACGCAGUUUCCUUCGCGGCCGCCUGUGCCAUCCCCGGCAUCGCCCUGCUCACCCUGGCCGUGAACCCGCUGACCGGUGCUCUGGGGGCCUUCAACAUCUUCCUCUACACCUGCUGCUACACCCCCCUGAAGAGGCUGAGCAUCUCCAACACCUGGGUGGGGUCGAUUGUGGGGGCCAUCCCUCCCGUCAUGGGCUGGACGGCAGCCACGGGCUCCCUGGACACAGGUGCGUUGCUGCUGGGAGGGUUCCUGUAUUCCUGGCAGUUCCCCCACUUCAACGCGCUCAGCUGGAACCUGCGGGAGGACUACUCCCGAGGCGGCUACCGCAUGAUGUCCGUCACCCACCCGGGCCUGUGCCGCCGGGUGGCGCUGCGGCACGCCCUGGCGCUGGUCGGCCUGUCCGCCCUGGCCCCCGCCCUGGACGUCACCACCUGGGCCUUCCCCGUCGUGUCGCUGCCCAUCAACCUCUACAUCAGCUACCUCGGGUUCCGCUUCCACCGGGAGGCCAGCCGCGGCAGUGCGCGCCGGCUCUUCUUCUGCAGCCUCUGGCACCUGCCCAUGUUACUGCUGCUCAUGCUCACCUGCAAGAAGCCGCUCAGGGACAAAGAGGACUCGGCCGCCGCCGCCGCUCCCAGCCACUGACUGGAGCGCCCAGGCGUCCGCGGAGAGCGUUUCGGGUUUUGUUGUUCUUGUCGUCGUUAAAUGAAAUCGGGGCUGUCCUCACCGCCUCUUUUGUACCCAGAGGCCGUCCUCGAAGUGCCUUAGCUGGUCUGCCGACCCUGGUUUGCAGCUGUGCUGUCUUCUUGGGGAGGGGUGAACGAAGGCUUAAGAAGUCACUUGAAACCCAGUGAAGUGUCUAUAAACAAAUCAAGGGAAACAAUGCGGUGUUUUUUUUUUUUUGCUUUGGUCUGUGCUUCGUCUGUUUGAAAGCAUUUUUUAAUUUAUAAAGAAAAACUUCAUACGUCCAGUUCAUAAGUUCAAAGUAAAAAAUGUUUUCGUUUGGCCAUUGAAGAAAAUGUCUGGGUAUCCAGUCUGAUUUCUAAAAGGGAUUGGUGUAUCAACGUCAACGUAUGCUCGAAUUAUAACUGGUCAAUCGCGUGCUUUUACGGGUUUUUUUUUUAAGUUGAACGUAGAAAAUAACUUCUGCGAUAUUGGUGAACAUCUACUGUUUCUAUUUCCACACAGACGUGUCAUUUCAAUAGCUGCUGGGCAAUAUACGGUUAAUAUCUAAAACACUUCUCGUUUUGUAAUUUUGUUCCGACUUACAACUCGGCUGUUCUGAAAUUCAAAGGGACGCAGACCCCUUGAAUAGAAAGGGAAAGUAAUUGCUGUAUGAUGUCAUUUGAACGUGAGGACAGCCCUCAAUAACCCAGAUGAGGCUCAGCUGUGGCAGAUCUUUGCUAAGGUAGGGGACGCAACGGGGGGCUUGUUCUGAAUACUGUAAAAAUGCUGUCGUUUGUCACAAAGUUAUGAGCAACAAAUGUGUUGCAAACCAAUUAAAGAAUCACUAUUCUUUCUACAACAAAUA